UGCCUUUAUACCAUUUAACAGUCGGAGUCCACCUUCAAGACACUGGGCUGUGGAUCAACUGAACCACCACUCCUCUUCCAAGAAUCAUUUUAACAGGUUCUGUUAGAGGAGCUCCUUCUCUCUCUCUUUUUUUAACUCAUCCUUUUAUACAAAAUGGCACCAAAGAAGGAAGUGAAGAAGCCUGCUGCGGCUGCUCCAGCCCCUGCCCCAGCCCCAGCCCCUGCACCUCCCCCAGCCAAAAAAGAAGAAAAAAUUGACCUCUCUGCCAUUAAGAUCGAGUUCUCUCAGGCACAGAAGGAUGAUUUCAAGGAGGCGUUUCUCCUGUUUGACAGGACAGGUGAAAGCAAGAUCACAUUAAGCCAGGUUGGUGAUGUUCUUCGGGCUCUAGGAACCAAUCCCACCAAUGCAGAGGUUAAGAAGGUUCUGGGGAACCCCAGCAAUGAAGAGUUGAAUGCCAAGAAAAUUGAGUUUGAACAAUUCUUGCCCAUGAUGCAAGCCAUUUCCAACAACAAGGAACAGGGCAGCUAUGAAGACUUUGUUGAGGGUCUGCGUGUCUUUGAUAAGGAAGGCAAUGGGACAGUCAUGGGUGCUGAGCUCCGCCACGUUUUAGCCACCCUGGGUGAAAAGAUGAAAGAAGAAGAGGUGGAAGCCCUAAUGGCAGGUCAAGAAGACUCCAAUGGCUGCAUCAACUAUGAAGGUACAAUCUCAUCAUGUAUAUUUUUAAAUCUACAAGUCAAAAGUCACCAGAAGAAAAGUCACAAGUCUACACCUAUGGCCUUAUGGGGAGUUCCUUAUGAUCAGUUGAUUGAGGAAGAGAAACUCUCUGCUGUUUUACACCUGGUUCUGCACAAUAUUCAGGCCCAGCUUUAA